AAAGCUGUCUCAUUAGUGCGCGCGCAGUUGUCGAAGCUGGACGCUUUUGCAGGAGCAUCCAAAAGAACUGAAACGCAGGAACAAAUCUGCAGCACUGCUUGGAGGAGUGUAGUUGCAGCUUAUCCAGAGUACGACUGAGGAUUAGUGCAGUGUUAGAGGUGGAGCCGAGCGCGCUUAGUGAACUGCGCACUGCAAACAGCGUCUACAGCUAUAAAGCGCAGAAAGGGAACGAAAUGGUAGAAUAGAUUGUAGUAAGCGCGUCAGCCCGAGAUAAAUAGUGCGUUUAGUAGUUUAGUGAACCGCGCUUGGCAGCCUGAGAGGACUCCGACUCUGUGCUUUAUUGUGGAGUUUAAGUGAAAAAUUGUCGAACCGAAACGACGUUAAAUAAAGCAAAAAAAAACAGCGGCUGCGGCGAGAGAAGCAGGAAAAUAAUACACGAACAGUACUUUGGAAGCGACUUUUAGCGUGGGGAACGGCACAAAAGAAGUUAUAAGUCGGUGUGUGCUUGCUCUCGUGGAAAGAAACCGGUGUGGAACGAUUAUCUCGGACUUGGUUCACUAAGUUUCUGUCGUCCGAUGCCGGCCAGUAAAUGCUGGAAGAAGAAGCAAAAAGUGCAAAUACUGAACUGCUGCAUACCAAAGAUCGAAACCCGUCAAGAAUCGGUUGAGAAGCUGUGAAACGAGAGAUCCAAACUGUGUAUAGACAGUGGACUGUUAGAUAUAAGAAUUUAAAUCCAUGAAACAACUUCUAUGAUAUUUAUUUCAACAUUGAGAAUUGUGAUUUCAGACGAAUGCUUAUAAACUUAUACACCAACUAAAUCGUACUAUUAAAUUAAGUUUUGCACUAAAUGAAAACAAAGCUAAUACACAAUAAUCCGUCCCUGCAAAAUAAAACGAUUCAACCCAACAAGAGUAUUUCAUUAGCGUAAGAGUGCACCAUCAGAUCAAAUUGCAAACCUUUAAUUUUAAAUAACAAAAACCACGAGUACGAUAAUACGUUAAACGCAUUUCAAUCGUCAAUAAUUGGACUUAAAGAGCAACAAUCACCGAUUCCAAUCAAGAUUCCAAUUUUCCAAUUUGGAUCACUAAUCGAGUGAGAGGAAACCGAGAAAAAAACAAAUCAAACAAAAAACUCUUCCACUUACCGCUGUCGACGUUCGAUAAAGUGGAAAAUUACGGAAAAAUUGGGCAUUCAAAUCACCCCGGUUGAAACCAGAAGAAUCCAGAAGCAAUCGUGAUACGCUUUAUAAUAGAUUUUGCCUAUUUCUUCACAUCGCCUCAAAUCUAUCGCUACGCCAAGACUGAGCAACAGAGAGAUCUUCGAAAGCAACAGCCUACUUGAUUUACAUUUCACAAUUAAUCAUAUGCCUACUACGUUAAGCUUAGCAUCCGGUGACAGAAAUAAUCGCACCACAAAACAUAUUUGCAACAAGAGAUAUUCAUCGUCUAAUCUUAAGAACAUUCACAUCUUAACGAUACUCCUGAUCGAGCAAUACUGUACUUCGUAAUUAUAUCGCUAAGUUAGAAACAUAAGCGCACUGCAAUCGUACUCUACACGGCAACGGCAAUCACCUUAACAAGGAGCGACAAGGCUGUCAACUCAACCAAAUAUUAAGUUAUCAGUAAGCUAAGGAACCCAAAUCCAUCCAUCCGCCCCUUCCGUCCAUCGUGACACACAAACAAUCCGAAAAUAUGUUACCAAGCAAUCAACACCAGCAGCAGCAUCCCUCGUCCCAGCAGCAGCAGCAACAGUCGGCCGUUUCCCAGGCCGAACAGCAGCACCUGCUCAACGCGGUCGGCAUGAGCGCCGCCUACACCGCCACAUCGACCAGCUACAGCAUGAGCUACCCGGUUGUGCCCGGGCACCAUCUCAACGAAAACAACAACCUGGUGAUGCACCCGUCGUACGGCAAACCGGCGGCCCACGUGGCGCACCAGCUUCCACCGGCAUCGCUCAUCACGCUCCAGCCGGUCACCCUGGACGGUCACCAUCCGUCCCUGCACCAUGUGUCCGGACUGGGACAGCCAACGCACACGAUCACAUCGCUGUCCCAGUCGGGACUAGGCCAGCAGAUGAUGCCUUCGUUGGCGCACGCUUCCCAGCAACCGCCCGGUUCGCAGAUGUCCGGCGGAAUGCCGGGUCACUCGUCAUCCUCGAUUAGCGACCCGAACGGUAACGACGAUGGUAGGUCUAUCCGGUUUUCGCUGUUGCGGGUGCAAUUUGGAUAUGGUUUUGCGGAGGGCGUAAGUGCGAGCGAACUCAUUCUCAUUACAGCAGGUGUCAAGACCGUAGGCGAUGGGGUUAACGUGUUCAACAGAAGUCCUGUUCCACCCGGUAGAACUCGGUUUUUGAUAUGAAGCAACAAAGAAGAGAAAGAGAGAGGGAUGUGUCAGAAUGUUGUUUUCAGAAUCCCGGUUUAGAGGAUAGUUUGAAAUUUCUGAAUACUUGAUUUCAGAUUUCAAUUGACCGAAAACUUAACCGCCCAUAAUAAUGAAUGCCCACAUAUAUUUAAAUUUCGUUUUCUGUGUCACUAUUCAGUACAAUAGCAUUUCGUAGCAUCAGAGAAACUCAAAUGACGAUCCAACAUAAAUCAAUACAAUGUUAAGACCCGGAAAUCUCGAACAAUAAUCUGAAAACAAUAUCGCUGUUCAGAAAUUUCUUUGACUAGAAGAGGAUUAGUUUCACCGGCAAGCGGAAACCUGCACUGGGCACUAACAAAAUUUGUAUAUAGCGUGCUAACAAGCGUCCGGCAGGUUCCCAUUGUUCGUAAAAAAGAUCCUCCUUGGAAGUCCAAAUCCCCGUAUUUCGUUUCGCUCGAACGACGACGAAACGCAGUGUCGGGGAUUAUCUUUCGCAUAUCUUUCCAUCUUCUCCGAUCCUUCUUUUGUUGUUUUCGGUCCAGAACUGUCGGAUCUGCGAUCUUCGCAAACGGGUGGAACGAGGCAAUUAGCAUCAACGCAUGGCAUCCCGCCACCAUCGGCCGAGUGAAGCCGGAGCACAACCUGAGUCUCUCUAUCAACCAUUAAUCGACUAACUUGGCAUGAGAGAAGGCAACCGUCGCAUCGCAUGAACGGAGGGGGCCCCGACUUAUCGACUAAACCUUCUUAUGGACUGACACAAAUACAACACACUUCAUAACUAACCGACUAAUCCGGGCGGGUUGCUCAUCCGCCCGCCCACCAGCAAAGGUACCCUCCAUCAGGUAAAUCAGGUAACCGAGAGGCCUGCGUAUCGUCAUCAUAAUCGUUAUCGAAAACGACCAAUAAAACACAAAACGGACCGAAAGGUCAAUCGCUUCAUUUGGGAUUAACGUUUUUCCUAGCAUGGCAAGGAAGAACCGUUGCGUUGAGGCAUCGCGCGCGCCCGCGCGAUCGAUCCGUUUUCUCGAUCGCUCGAGGGUCAAAUUAGAAGCCCCAGCGCGUCCGCGUAAUAACUUGGUAAUAUUGGCAAACAACAAACCACUUUUCACUCCGCCGACCGACCGGCCGGCCGUGCUGCUGUUGUGUUUGUGCGGUCUACUUUCUAGACCUUCAUCAGACGGCGGACCUCUUCACUCAAUCCUGAAGAAAAGGCAGCUAGAAUUCGCAGAAACGCCCGUUCGAUUUGCGCAACCCGUAUGGGGAUGACGCCUUAAGGGCAGGAACAGGGGGUAUCAUGGUAUGGUACUUCUGCGAACUGCCGGCCGUGCAAAAUUUGGACCCCGAGGCGGUCGGAGAAUGUUCGCGCUCGAUUU